AUGACUUUGAAUCUUUUGUUAUCACAAUUAAAGGGCUCAAACAAGUUCGUUAAUAGCUUUAAGGUUAAAGAUAAUACGUUAAUAAUUGUGGAAAAUGCAUCGUUGCUUAAAUUUAAAUUCAAUGCAACUUUAAAUGAAACUUCAAAAAUUACUGAAAAACGAAUAUCUGGUUAUAUUGUUGCUGCUUUCCAAUUUCAAGAUUUAUUAAAUGCAAAGGAUUACUUAAUCCUUGUCAAAGAGGUUGGGAAUUUAGAGAUCUGGGAUUCAGAAUUUAAGUUGAUUGAUUCCUUGGACACUGGGUAUAAAUCAAUAGAUCUUUCUCAAUUCAAUUUAUUUUUGGGUAUUGAUUAUAAGUUGAAUAGAUUGUACAUUAACUUAUCAGAGUAUAGAAUUUAUGUCAUUGAAUUGGAUCAAACAAAAGAUUCUAUAACUUUUAAAAGAAAUAAGAAUAUUGAUGAAUUAGCAUGUUUUUAUGAAUCUAAGGAUAAGAUUUAUCAAUUUGAAUCUUCUUUAGAAAUUGACUACACGGUUGAAAAGGAAUAUUUCUCACUGACAAUUUUAACUUGUAAUGAAUCGGAAUUCAUUAAAAGCUUUGGAUUGAUUAAUAUUAAAAUUUUAAAUAAGGCAAAAUCAUUGUUAUACGAUGUAAUUGUAAACCAGAACAAUUUGAAAUUUGAUUCAAGGAAUCCCAUUUUAAAGGUUAUUCCAGGUUUUGCAAUUUGUAUUAUAUCAAAUUCCUCAAUUUUUAUCAUAGAACAUCUUAUUGGCAUACAACAUGUAGUAGAUGGAAAAUCAUUAGAAAGCAAUCCAUUGUUUCAUAUACAACAGGAUGGUAAUAUUGUUCCUAAUAUUGUUGCUUUCAAAGACUCUGAAAAGAUAUUUUUUAGAUUUAUCACUGAUAAAAUGGAAAUCUGGGAUUUAACGAUGAAUUUAAUAUAUGAAGAUGGAGAUAUAUAUAGUUUCCAUUGGAGUUCAUUGCAAGUGGAGUCGAAGAAGCUAGAUUCUAAAUUUAUUUCUAUGGUACCUAUUGACUCUUUAAUAAUGAAAUUUUGUUUCCUAGUUAAUGAAGAUUAUGAUUUAAUCUUAUUCGACCUAUUUUCCUUAUCACAAGUUUCAAGGCUAAGAUCAUAUUUGGAUAAUAAAUAUUGUAUAUUUGACGCCCAAUUAAUUGGUUACAACUCAAAAGUGCAGAUGUCUUGUGGCGGAACUGGAUCGAAUGAGGGAAUCAUCGAAAUAGAAUACACUGGGUUUAAUGACUUAUUUUCUAAUAUAGAACCUAUAUUGACCACUGCAAAUGUCAAACGUUUCUGGGAUACCAAUCAUGGGGUUUAUUACUUAGAUGAAACUUUAAAUCUUCGCAAUAAUGGAAAAAUUAUAAUGAAAAAUGAGGAUGUGAUUUAUGUAACCAAAGAUGAAAAGUUCAUUACAAGAAAGUAUAAUAAUGAUAUUAUAUUGGAAAUAUGUGGAAUUGAAAACAGUAUGGAUUAUGCAUAUAUUGAUAUAAAUGGAGUUUUAAAACUAGGUGGAAAUUCAAAAAAAUCGUUGAAAUUAGAUAUAGACGGUGAAUACAAAUUUGUCAAAUUUAUUUUAUUUGCUAAGAUGAUUGAUAGCAAUAUAUAUGUUGUGAUUGCAUAUGAGAAUAAUAUUUUGAUAGUGAAAAAUUUUGAAAUUGAAUUUCUUAGAACGUCAGUGAAAAAUAUUAUCUCAGAUAUUAUUAUCCUUCGAGAUAAAGACCAUGAAUUGCAACUUUUAAUAUCAGAUAUAUUUGGGAAUCUACAGAUACGACACAUUAAGGACCAAAAUCAAUAUAUAGAUACGGUUUUGAAACUUACCAACAAUAAGUUAAAGUUGUUACUGCUAAACUGUAAUAGCAAUAUAUUAGGAUAUAGUGAUGAUAUCUGCGUCAUGAUGAGAAAAAAAUCGGAUGAGUUUGAAAUUCACAAAGUUCAUACACCUGUUAGCUUUGAUAAAGUCACUUUGGGUGUCAGUGGUGAAAUGUUUCUGGAAACUCCAAAGGGUAACAUAUUUAAGUUGAAGAAUAUUUUUAAUACAGCUGAAAAGUGUAUGCCAACUACAGUAAACAAAAAAAAUUAUUCUAAAACGCAUGAUUUUAUCAAAUUUAUAACACUUCCUUCUUCGUUGAAAUAUUCGAUUUGUUGUGGUAUAAAAAAUGAAUUUAACAAAACUCUUGAGAAGGAACAAGUAUAUUAUGAAUUGCUUUUAAUUGAUAAUGACACAUUAAAGGUGGAGGAUCGUUUUGAUAUUUCAAAAAAGUUUCCUUAUACUAAAAUAUCAGAUAUCACAGCAGUACCAUUUGACCCAGAUGAUGAGACAACGGCUGUCCGAUUAUCAUACGCUAAGCAGUUGAUGUUGAGCAAAUGUUUUGUCGUUUCUUUAGACUUAGAAUCAGUAGAUGAUGAGAGUAUGCCAAAUUUUCUACUAUUUUCUUUAGAUGAGAAGAAUUUGACAAUUGAUCUUCAUACUUCUAUGUCUACUUCCUUUAAUAUCACGUCGCUGAAGAAUUAUAUAAAUAAUUCUCUCUUAGUUGGAGGAGAAACAUUGCAAGUAUAUGACAUUGAUUACUUAGUUAAAGACAAUGCCUUUAAGAUCACUUUAAGAUCAAAUUCUCUAUAUCCAAAUGCUUUUAUUACGAAUAUGACAUAUAUUCCAGGUUCUAAAAUCAAAUCAAAUAUUGAAGAACAUUCAAUAUCAAACAUAUCUCAUAAUUUGCUGUUUUCAUGCUCUCCUUUUGAGGGAGUAAAAGAGAACAUAAUAAUUAAGAGGUCUGAUAAUACGUAUGUUAUAAAACCAAUUAUUGGAUCUUCAAAACUGAAUCCUAUUUCUACAGCGGAAAAAAAUACCCUUUUAAUGUCAGCGACAUCCUUUAUCGAUAAUGGUACUGUUAUAUUUAUAGGUGUUUUGUCACCUAACAUACUUUUAGUAUCUCUGGUUCUGGACAACAAUGAGAUUGCCAACAUCAAAGUUAGAUUACCAUAUACAAUAAUCAGUGUCAAAGCAUUGGAUGAUUACAGAAAGUCCGCCAAUGGCAAUAACAAGACAAUCAUGAAGGAUGGAAAAUAUUCUGAUCUAUUCCUCAUAAGUACCAUAUGUGGUGGGAUAUUUUUGAUUAGGAAGUUCUCUGACUUUAGCAUAUUUGAUGAAGAAACUAAUGAAUUCAUAAGAACAGAAAUGGACGGUAUAAUGCAGGAUAUCGGUUAUGAAUCCAAUUCUGAUGAAAUUUUAUUAUUGGACAUGAGAACCAAGCAGAAAUUUAUCAAUGAUUUAUAG